AGCGCAUCAAGAGAACAUUAUUAUUAUGGUUGAGAGAUCGACGGCACUGAGACCAAGAAACGGAUCGAAAUCCACGGUAGAUUUACCGUCGAUAGACCAUCUGCAGUUAUUGUAACGAUCGAUUAUUUUAUUGUGACUGUUUUGACCGAGAAGCCAACACAAUUCCUACAUCAUCCGAUACUGCUUUGCAAAGACAGUGACAGCUGUGGUCUUUUUGCAUGCAGCAAUAGGUUCCAUCGCCGCUAGGACGAGCCUGCAUCGACUGAGACAUUGUGAUAGGCUGGCUAUAGGAGAAGGAACCGGCUGCAUGCACCUCCGCCUCCCUCCUCCACCGUCAGCAGCGAGGACGGUACCGUUCAGUGCCUGUAUCACCCGUUAACGGGAUGACGAAGUGAACCAAGCCUCCUCACGCACCGAACGCUGGAUUCCGCAUGAGGACUGAAUGAGUGGAAAGAGAGGGAGACAAGAGGUGAUGGCGAUGCUGAUCUAGUGAGGAGAAGGGAAAGCCUAUUCAUUUUCCCGAUUGAUUUAUCAGGACCUUAACAGCCGACACGGGGUCUCUACCGAGGUUUCAACAACCAAUUAAUCCCCUCGCACGACGGACGACAUUUGCCAUUCCGAGGCGAUGGGAACCGCGCGUAGAUGCCGGACUGCGGUUUAAACGUGCACGUGUCUCUCUGUGAAAGCGCCGCUGUGAUGGAGCACGACGAAAGUAGCGACGCGGAGGUUGCUGCCGAGCCCCUGCUGCACGGUAUUCACGCGCCCAAUCGGAUCAGGCCCUCGUCGUACCGGGCACUGCGGAGUGCCGUUUCCAGUCUGGCGCGCAUCGAUGACUUCGUAUGUGAGAAGAUCGGGUCAGGGUUCUUUUCAGAGGUCUUCAAGGUGCAGCACAGGAUCACAGGCCAGGUGAUGGCCCUAAAGAUGAACACUCUGGCCAGCAACAAGGCCAACAUGCUCAGGGAGGUCCAGCUCAUGAACCGGCUCUGCCACCCCAAUAUACUCGGGUUCCUGGGAGUGUGUGUACAGGAGGGCCAGCUCCAUGCUCUAACUGAGUACAUCAAUGGGGGUAACCUGGAGCAGCUGCUGGACAGUGACAGGUAUCUGUCGUGGUCGGUGAGGAUGGGUCUGUCUCAGGACAUCGCCUGUGGCCUGCAGUACCUCCACAGCAAGGGCAUCUUCCACAGAGACCUCACCUCCAAGAACUGUCUGGUACGCUGUGAGAAUGGUGUGUUCACUGCAGUAGUGGGAGACUUUGGUCUGGCAGAGAAGAUUCCAGACUACAGUGACGGGGUUGAUCAGCAGCCUCUGGCCGUGGUGGGCUCCCCCUACUGGAUGGCCCCAGAGGUGCUGAGAGGAGAGCUCUAUGAUGAAAAGGUGGAUGUGUUUGCCUAUGGAAUCAUCCUGUGUGAGAUCAUCGCCCGGAUAGAGGCUGAUCCGGACUUCCUACCUCGCACUGAGGAUUUUGGACUAGAUGUGGAUGCUUUUGAGAACCUGGUUGGUGACUGUCCAACACCAUUCCUCAACCUUGCAGUCCUCUGCUGCAAUAUGAAUGCAAAGACACGUCCCUCGUUCUCUGAGAUAGUGGUCUUGCUGGAGGGGAUGGAGAGAGGAGAGGAGGAGAGGAAGACGGCCAUCCCUCUGGGCGAUUGUCUCUCCUCAAAACCCCCCACUGGCCACAUCAGCCCCUACCGACGACGGAGUUCCCUCUGUCGCCCCGGCGACCAGCAGUUGUCACGGAGCCAGUCUGAAAUGCUUCCACCAACGACGCCCCCACUCGGCACCCCGGUCCGGGUCAACCCCUUCUCCCUGCGGCAGGACCUGAACGGGGGCCGCAUCAAGCUCUACGACACCCCCAGCAAGUCUGUCAUCUCCCUGACCUUCACCCUUCCCCAGCAGCCUGACACCUGCGCCUCUCCCCCCCUCAGGGGAAACCUCUUACUCCGCGGGCCCCCGCGACGCUGCCAGUCUGUCCCCUGCACCCCCGAGCUGGGGCGAACCCUCUCCCUCCUCCGUGACCCCGACCUGCAGCGCUUGGGGAAAGAGGAGGGGGAGGAUGAAAGGAGGAAGGAGAAGGGAGGGAUGGUGGAGGAUGGAAGGAGGAAGGAGAAGGGAGGGAUGGUGGAGGAUGAAAGGAGGAAGGAGAAGGGAGGGAUGGUGGAGGAUGAAAGGAGGAAGGAGAAGGGAGGGAUGGUGGAGGAUGAAAGGAGGAAGGAGAAGGGAGGGAUGGUGGAGGAUGAAAGGAGGAAGGAGAAGGGAGGGAUGGUGGAGGAUGAAAGGAGGAAGGAGAAGGGAGGGAUGGUGGAGGAUGAAAGGAGGAAGGAGAAGGGAGGGGUGGUGGAGGACGUGUCAGAUGAUUCAGGGCUGCCUCUGGACCUGGUGUCUCUGGAUCCUCUGGAAGAGGAAGAGGAGGAAGGUUUUUCUCUGGGGGAGCCUAUGGACUGCAGCAGGUCUCCUGACACACUAGAGGGCGCUGUCUCUACACAAGGGAGACUUCUCCUACACCCAGCCUCGUCCUCUUCCUCCCUGUUUCUGCAGCCUAACGGCUGGCGUCACCCAGUCUCCAAUGCCCCUUCCUCCCUCCCUCCUCUCCCUCAUCUGGACAACAACAACAUCUCGGCGAUGGUGGUCGUCGGCCGUCCGAUUGGCUGGAGGGCUAGUGGCUACCGCACCGCAAUCCCGGGCCCCCCUGCUGGCCCCGCCCCUGAACAAGAUGAGGUAAUUUCCUGUCCGGGCUGCUGUCUGAUUGGUCUGAGCUUUCCAUCCGUGUGCCUGAAGGGGGUGCCGACCCCUCGCCGCGUUCCGCCCCGACGACCCUACCGGAACCUCAACGGGGGGGGCAUCAGUGACCCUUCAGCUGCCACGGCAACCAAGGGACUGCUUUGUUGCGGGGCGAAUGGUCUCGCUCCUCCGACCGCACCUUGUGUGCCUGGGCUACCCCUACCAGAGGCACAGACUUAGGAAGGGCUCCCCCUAGUGGGCUGACUGGCCAACAACAACAUUAACACCAGUGACAUGACUGAGACUUUGACUGGUUCUGUUUAUUGUCGCUAUUACUAUUUAUUAUACUAUUAGGAACUGAUGAUGUUGAUUACUACUACUACCUGAAGUGUGUGUGUGUGUGUGUGUGUGUGUGUGUGUGUGUGUGUGUGUGUGUGUGUGUGUGUGUGUGUGUGUGUGUGUGUGUGAGGAGGUGAGGACACUGGUGGUUGUAUUGGGAGUAACAAGGGAGAAGCAGAAUAGGAAACCAGAAGUGGGUUAUUGAUGUGAGAUCUUAUAUAUUGGUUGUUGACCUGGCGGCAUUUGAAAAUGUCAGUGUGUCGCUGGUUUGUUCACUCACUUUCUGCACUCUGAAUCUUUCUAUUUGAUUCCUACUAAUGAUUUUUCACUGGUCUGGGUGGUGCUUGAGAUUUGUAUUGAAUUCAAACAAGUGCUUCUUCUUCCCAUAACCCACUAUGAUCCAGGUAUCCUCUCAGUGUGUGUGUGUGAAUUUUUUAACAGCUUGUGUAUCUUUGAAACAGCAGGAAAAGCAAUUCUCCUUAUUCUCCUAGCUUAUUUACAUAUUGUACUGAUUAUUUCACUCUAAGUUCUGUCUGUGUGUGUCAGAGGGAGAGAAAGUGUGUGUGUGUGACUGAAUGACUAAGGUUUGUCCCUUGAUGUCUGUUUUGAAAUGUCAGUGGUUUGCAGGUCAUUUCCCCGUACCCGUGUGUGAGAUUAGAGAACUGUGUAAUCAUUUAAUAUAAAGUUAGUGAGGUGAACAUAAUCUUUACUAUAAUGUUUUUUGACACCAUUGAUGAGAAUCACUCCACUCUUCAUUUCAUAGGGCUACUGGUUCCGUACCUGUUGAGGUUGACUCACUGUAUCUGAAAUGGCACCCUAUUCCCUAUAUAGUGCACUACUUUUGACCAGGGCCCACGGGGCUUUGGUCAAAAUAGGAUGCCAUUUUGUCUGUUGUCCCCAGAGCUUAAGGUGUGUUUGUCUCCCUCUGCUGGCCUGGAGGACCCGGGCAUACCAGGCCAUUGUGGCUCACAGGCUUUGUCUCUUCCUUUCGUCAUAACCCUUUCCUUCUACGAGAAGCUAUACAUGACCAGACCAGGGAAAACUCCAGGCUUCAGUUAUAGACCUGGAGGUUUUCCUAGUCGGGUCACUUUGUCAGGAAAAAGUCCCAGCCAUAUAUCAUAUCAACUGAUAUGAGGGGACUGAAAAAGGUUUAUGGCUAUGCUAUUAACAUUUCUAACCAGUUCUAACCACUUAAUCUAGCUAGUGAUCUGUAGGAAAGGAGGAGGAGGAAACAUAAACAAGUGUAUUGGGACGUAGCCAGUCACACUCAACUGUACUGGCCAGAGAGUCUCUUUGUUACUGCACUGUUUAAACAGCAUGAUUUACAGAGUCUGGACAACUGUGUGCAUCCAUCCAAAUAAUUCCACUGUUCUGUCCCAUAUUGAUGAUGUCAUAAUGACAAUGGUACAAACGCCGACCCAUAUGUCCAUGGAACAACCGAGGGAGUGUAAUGCACUUUCUUUUUUAAAGCUGAGAAUCUUGUUGAUUUAACAUUAUUUAUGAAAUCAUGUAUGUAGCUAACUAGUAAACCCUUCUGCUGGCUGGGAUGUUGGUUGGUCUGUUGCUAGUUGGAAUAAUAAAUUAUUAUUAUGGAAAUAUGUGUCUGUUCCUUUCCGGGAACAACCCUUCCCCUUUAGACACUUGUAGAGAUCUGAGAGGACUUGAUAGGAUGCAUCAAUAUAGUCAUAGCUCCACCUUGUCCUCUGAUGGAAUUUCACCAUAUUGCUUAAGCCUGUCCAACCCUCUCAGAUCUCCACCAGUUCCUAUAGGAAGGGGUUGUUUCUGGACAGGGGCUCUGUUUCUACUAGAACCCAUCCUCUACAUGCAAGACACUGAUCAGACCCCUUGAUUUUUUUCCCCAUAUUUUAUUACGUUGCAGCCUAUUUCUAAAAUGGAUGAAUUUUUUUUUUUCCGCAUUAAUUGACUGUACACACAACACUCCAUUACGACAAAGCAAAAACAUGUUUUUUGACAUUUUUGCAAAUAUAUAAAAAAUAAACUGAUGUCACAUUU